AUGGGGCACAGAUUGGCUCCCACCUUAGCUAUUUCACUUAUGGCCAAAAUUGAAGCACCUGUUCUGGAAAUGCGUCAUUUGUUCUACUCUCGGUACAUUGACGAUUGCUUUGUCAUUUGCGCCAUCCAAGCGGAGAUGGACAAAUGCUUUGACUUGUUGAACCGACAGUCCAAACACAUAAAACUUACUAGGGAGAAACCACAGGGCAAUUGGCUUCCUUUUUUGAACAUCCAGGUUGGCAUCUCAAGCGGUACGUACAAAACGAAAUGGUAUCGUAGGCCCAGUAAUAAAAACAUCUUGGUUCAUUUUCUUUCUACUCAUCCAUUUCAUAUGAAGAAAGCUGUGCUUAACAACAUGUUCAGCACGGCAAGAACCGUUUGUAGUGGACCUGAGGAGAGAAAGGAAUCAUUAACUUUGGCUCACGAAAUUGCUGUUUCGAAUGGUUAUGAAAUCCGAACGUCUGAAACAAGACGAUACCGAAGUGAACGAGCACGGCAAUUGGAAAACCCCACCACAGAUAAGAUACCUCUCUGUUUUCCUUACAUCUUCGAUGAAAUGAGCGCUGCCAUUAGGCGAUAUCUGAGGAGAGCAGACUUGGAUAGCUCCGUUUCGUUCGUUAAAAUACCAACGAACAAUUUGAAACAUCAGCCAGUUCGGAAUCGUUUGUACGAUACCAGCUGUACAACACCGAACUGCAUUAUUUGUUCCACAGGAGACUGCUUGAGAUCUGGGAUAAUCUACCUGAUUUCGUGCACGAACAGUGGCAACGAGUAUGUCGGUGAAACGGCACGACGCUGUAUGUCCGCAUCAAAGAGCACGUGA